CCUCAGUGCUUAAUUCGCUCUUCAAGUUUCCCCUAGCUCUUGUUCAAAGACUCUCUCGUCCAUUUCGGUUCCAAUAUGGGGUUGGAUAUAGUCCAAUUUCUUGAAAACAAGACCAUCUUAGUCACGGGAGCCACCGGCUUUCUCGCAAAGAUUUUUGUGGAGAAGAUGCUUCGGAUUCAACCAAAUGUCAAAAAAAUAUACGUUCUUAUCAGAGCUGUGGACAAACAAGCGGCCACACUGCGGUUGCAUGAAGAGCUCACAGAGAAGAAGUUAUUCGACAUUUUGAGGGAAAAAUGGGCAGAGAAUUUCAACUCAAUCGUGGAGAAAUUGUCUCCAAUUCCUGGUGACGUUUCUCACGAGAAUUUGGGAGUACAUGAUUAUGAUUUGAGGUCGGAAAUGUCGAGAGAAAUAGACAUAAUUGUUAAUUCGGCCGCGACUACAAAUUUUGACGAAAGAUAUGACAUUGCACUGGCUGUCAAUACAUUUGGAGCUAAACAUGUUGCUGAAUUUGCUGUAAGAUGUGCCAACAUAAAGAUGCUACUCCACAUAUCGACUGCCUAUGUAUGUGGCAAUAUGACCGGAAUUAUACGAGAAAAGGCAUUUAACAUGGGUGAGACGCCCAACGGGUCAAGGGAGUUGGACGUGAAUGAAGAGAAGCUCUUGGUUGAAGAAUUGAUGAACGAACUUCAAGAAAAGAGUGCUUCGCAAGAGGAAAUCAACAUCGCUUUGAAGAAUUUGGGCUUGCAAAGGGCAAGGCUGCAUGGUUGGCCAAACACGUAUACUUUAACGAAGGCAAUGGGGGAAAUGAUGAUGCAACAUCAUCUCAAACAAAAUAUACCACUUGCCGUUAUGAGACCCACAAUCAUAACAAGUACUUAUCGAGAACCUUUUGCCGGUUGGACUGAGGGUUUCCCUCUCAGGACUAUGGACAGCAUCGCCAUCCACUAUGGUAGAGGAAGACUGAAAAACUUCCUGGGAAAUCCUAACACGAUACUCGACACGUUACCGGCAGAUAUGGUGGUAAACGCUAUGAUCGUGGCCAUAGCGGUGCAUGCUAAUCAGCCUAAUUCAAACAAGAUUUACCAAGUGGGUUCUUCAAAGAAACAUCCUGUGACUUAUUCAGAUCUUCACGACGUCAUAAGGAGCUACUUCCAGGAUAGCCCUUGGAUCGGCGAGAAUGGGGAGCCGGUCAAAGUACAUAAGCUUAAAAUUAUAGGAAGUAUGGCCAGCUUUAACAAGCACCUGAGACUUUACAUUCUCUUAUCGAAGGUGCUGAAAAUAGCUAGCUCGAUGUUUGGCGGGCGUUUCCAAGGCCUGCAUGCUGACGUGGACAAAAAGCUCAACGCUACUGUGCGAUUGGCAGAACUCUACGAACCUUAUGUAUUCUUCAAGGGCGUCUUUGAUGAUACAAAUACGGAAACUUUGAGAGCCACAACCUCUGACAAUGGAGCAAACUUGGACAGUAUCUUCUACUUUGAUCCGAGAUGUAUCGAUUGGGAGGACUAUUUCAAGAGAACUCAUUUUCCUGGAGUUGUCAACUCGUUCAAGCGCAAGUGAGCAAUGAUGCAAUUAAUAUAUAGUUUGGACAUAUAGUAGUUGACAUUAUGAGCUACGAUGUUCUGUUCUGUCAUGUGUGGAGAUGGAUCAUGGCUGUGUAACGCAUGCAUUUGUUGUUUUUUAGGUGUCAUGAUAGAUUGGAGUGCCAACGAU